AUGUCUCAAAAACAGUACCCUUCCAUGAACCGUGCGGCCACUGAGCGUGGUUUGGCUUCCUCUACAUCCAAGGGCACUGGGCAUGUGGCGGGCGACAACACUGGGCAACCGUCUCUCGUUUCUGACGCAGCCGACAAGGUCGCUGCGGAGAAACGACCUACGGGCGAACCCAUCACCUCUUCUGGUCCCUCGACCGCUAAGCCAAUACCUCGUAACUUGCGUUUUACCAAAAAAAAGCCAACGCCAUCCAACGCCGGUACUUCGUCAGGUUCAGCUAUCCAGCCCAGCCCCUCCCAUCCGCCAGCGGUUGUCCCGGACGCCCCUGGUCAUGGGUUUGGUGGUGGAGAGCCGCGAUUCUCAUUGCCAGAACGACCUGGGUGGGUCAUCGUCGAAUUUGAAGGCAGCACUCCAGUGCCUUUGACGCCUUCAGAACGGUAUCCAGUUCUCGAUCCUUUCAAUUACGACCGUGUUUCUGGUCAUCUACGGCGCACUACUGUACGUUGGCUGCGGGAUCAGUGGCCCAUGACCGAAUCUCGACUCAAACGUCUUGAGGAUGUCAUCAAAGAGGAUAAUGAACUUUUCGCGUCUGUCGACGUAUACUGUGUUAUACAUUGGCGACUAGUCGCAUCAAACAGUAUGAAGGCAAAAGCCUAUCAUUUUCAGGGGUAUCCAGAAGGUUUUUCGGCUGCGGAUCCAUACGAUCGGCAAGGCACUCUCCCCCUCUACGACGGUCAUUCAUGGGGAUACCCCAGGAUUGAUCCAAGUGACAUUGUGGAGAACCCCACCAUUUAUCGUUUAAGCCGUCCUCACUAUCCCUACCUCACCCGCUAUGCCGAUGACCCCCCCCUCGAUUACCACAGUAUAAUACAAGAUGAUCUCCGCAACGCUAGGCCGUGGAUAAUGAGUCAACACCUUCGCGAGAGGCUUGUCAAUUGGUUCGAGGUCGUCUACGAGUUAUACUUGGCCUGGAACCACCUUGCGUGUUGUAUUCAUAUUGUCCCCUUCAGGCCUUCCUGGUCUUCCCCGUCCCAUCAAUUUGCGUCCCUUUAUCCCUUCUGUCCCCAACAAACAGGCCAUAACCCUGAUCCUCUCGUUCUUGCAGACUUCUGCCGUGGCGUGUAUGAGAUGAGAGCCUGGUGCACGUAUGCUAUGUUCACCAUGGUUGACGUAAUCCAUCAAUCCAUCCGCCGGCCACUGUUGCAUCAUCCAGUUGAUGAAAACAUGAUGGGCGCUACUUUCUUCGAUGACCUUGAUUUGUCCGAUAGUAAUAUAUCGACUCUUCAUCGUCACGGUGUCCCUAUUUUUCAGGUACGGGUAUGGGACGGUCCACGAACAACAGAAAGACCUCAGAUAACCGCACACGUCGCGACAAGCCGCCCAGUCAGGGUGGAGCAACAUGUUCGAGUAAAUCUCUUCUUUGAGGAAAGCGCGUCGAGCAUCCUUUGGGCUUUCCCCUGGAUAGUCCAUCCACUGACAGAGGCGAAUAUGAAGCAAAGUCUUGUGUGGAUUGUUGCGGACGAGCUGGGCCUGUCUAAACCCCCUCGGCCGAUUGCCCUCCCCCAAUGUACGUCCACUGUGCUCCAAAAGCACUUUGGCAGAGGUGUUAAUAUCGAGGCUGUUGCCAAGUCGGAGGCGGUCCACCAACCAAGAGGUUUCCACGCUCAGCCUGAUCCUCGUCCCUCUGCUCCUCCGCAUUUCCCUCCUCCACCUCUGCCCCCCUUGAUCGUAGGCCACACAGCCUCACGACUACAAUCCCAGCAUCCCCUUGAUCGUCGUCACCAGUCCACCCACGUUCUCCCCCCUGUUGCACCCCCCGUUGCAGCGCCUUCCACUUCAAGUGCGCCUCCAAUUCCCGACAGCUCAGGCAGCUCGGAUAGUGGAUGUGAAUUGGAUAUAAGCACAACCAUGGUGAUGCAGCGGAAGUAUCCCCAACAGCAGGGUGAAAGCAGGCGGGCCUAUUCGAGGCGAAUUUAUAAGGAACUUCAGCGGGUGAAGGAAACACUCGAUCAUCCAGAGGGGCGAUUAUUGAUAGCUGGCGCAUACCUUGGGAGCGAGAUCUGUUUGAAGCGGAUAUCGGAGGAACAAGCCAAGCCAGCACUGGGUAACAAGGCUGGCAGAGGGGUGCGGACAUCCACUCUACGUCUGUAUCUUGACAAGUUGUGGCCCAAUUCACAGCGACGAGCGAUGAUGUCCGAAACCGAGCUCCAACAGCGUCGGAAGGAUAGUUUAACUAUUCUUCGAGACUCAGGAACAUCCUUUGAGGAUCUGCCCCCAGGCGUUCUGUCUGAGCUUGCUGUCUCACGACCGGCUGUGAUGGACGUUGAUCCACCUAGUACGAUGAGGCCUGUGGGACCACUAGCGUCAACGUCUGUGGGCCUUGUUGAGCCUCAGUUGUCAAGCGAGGUCCAGGCAAGCGGUACUGUUGAGAGGCCUCGGACGCCACCAUCUCACCUCAUGAAGCGCUCUUGGUCUACAGUUCAAUCGCCUACAUCGCCCCCUCCACGGAGGCCUGCCCCGUGUCUCGACAACACCAUUCCCAUUCGCGUUUGCAUUCCCGUUCUUGUUCCCUCUCCCCCCUUCGCAUCCCCUCUUCCCGUCAUCGUUCCCGUUCCCGUUCCCGUUCAUGUUCCCGUCGUAGUUCUCGUUCCCAUUCCUGUUCCCAUUCCCGUUCCCGUCACCGUUCUCAUUCUCGUUCCCGUCGUCGUUCUCAUUCUCGUUCCCGUCGUCGUCGUUCCUGUCGUCGUUCUCGUUCCCGUUCCCCUUUCCGAUGGCUCUCAGUCUCGUGCCCACCCACUUUCUAGCCCCCGACUCCACAGCACUCCAGUGCAGCAUCUACAAGAACAGCAAGUCGUUGGUGGCUCGCUUACUUCGACCCCGUUUGUGCGGAUUCCCGCACACAAGUGGUUCAAGGUUGAAGUAUCCACUCAAUGUUGGGAUGCAACACUGCCGCAUCACCUCGUGCCAGCAAACCUCGCUGCCCAGUAUCGGUCACGUGGUGUUUGGGGUGUUAAAGCGAACAUGCUCAGAUCUUCCUUGAGGAAGGAUCUCAAGGGCAAUAAUGUCGCUCAUGCAUGGAGACAUACGUUCUUGCUGAAGGAAUUGAAUUUCGUGGAUUCCUUCAAGCAGUUUAUUUUCACCAUGGGCCAUUUUUUCGAUGAUCACACCACCAGCAUGCUUCUCUCGAAUUUGAAGGGGAUUGCGGCUUUCGCCUCCGCUGACGACCUAGUGUACAUCUCAUGUGUCUAUGAGCAUGCUAUCAACGAAUACGAGCAAGCUCUACUUCGUCAAUUGGCCCCUCCUCCUCUUCAUCAUGACAUCAUCCCUGACGUUGUCCUGGACUAUUGGAGCUACCCACCAAUCCCUGCGAGUCCUCACCAGGUCCUCCAGAAGCGAACGCUUCAAUGUUACACAUUCUCAACGUCAUGGCUUUCAGAGCGCAUUGCCUCGUUGCCAAGUGAACAGCGGACGAUUCAGCUCAGGCGUUUCGAGAUGAUCUGUUGCGCUAUCUUGCUGUACUACAGCGCUGGCAUUGAUCGCAAUGCAUAUGGUGGUAUCAACUUCGUGGCGGAAAUUUGGCCGGUUCAAGGUGGUGAAAUGAAUGUUUUCAUUCGCCGAAUUGCUGCAUGGGCAAGGGAGAAACAUGCAGAAGUUACUAUCAGCAGUCGUGGAUCAGAGAAAGAGGAGCUUCAAUUCAAAAAGGGAAUGUGGACUUUGCAGAUAGACGCUGAUCGCUCUGUUGGCGAGUUCCUGAGGCCUCUGAGCAAGUAA